AUGUCAAAUACAUCUGAAUCAGUUGAACCAACUGAUCUAAAAAACACGUCUGAAAUUCCAAUUCCAAUUUUAACAACAAGCGAGAGUGUUAAUGGUACCGUUCCAAAUUUGGAGAACAGACUGAAAGAUGAAAGUUUAAAUAACAUAAAUUUGACAGAAACUAUUGGAGGAUCUGAAACUAGAAAAUAUUUAAAUCAAAAUGUUACUCAGCAGUUACUAAACGGUAUGAAGAUAAUUGCAAAAGAGAAGCCAAAGGACCCAUUAAGAGUUCUUGGUGAAUAUCUUAUUGAACAAAGUGAUUUAAUGAAAAAACCUUAA